AUGACUGCCACAGAGAGAGAUAUCAAAGAAGGAGGCCCUGUUGUUAUUACACCCGAAAGAAUGAUGGCUCAAAGAUCACAAUCUCAGCAUGGCGGCUUUGCUGCCUCGCUGGAGACUGCUAGAAAUGAGUUGGCGCAAAUCGACCUUGAAGAGGAGGCUAUGAUCUCUCCGACGUCAAGCUCUCCCGAGACACCAGGCACACCUGCCUCUCCUCUCACUCCGGCAGACCCCCCAACAGCUGAUUCCUUUGCCUUUGCCUUCGAUAUCGAUGGAGUUUUGAUUCGAGGAGGAAGACCCAUUCCCGAAGCCAUCGAGGCGAUGAAAGUGCUGAAUGGUGGAAAUGAAUAUGGGAUGAAGGUUCCUUAUAUCUUCCUCACCAACGGGGGAGGUAAGACAGAAGCAGAACGCUGCAUCGAUCUCUCGCGUCAACUCGACAUCGAGGUCUCUCCCGCUCAAUUCAUCUGCGGUCACACUCCCAUGCGAGAGAUGGUUGCGAAAUACGAAACCGUGCUAGUCGUUGGCGGAGAAGGAGAGAAGUGUAGACAAGUCGCUGAGGGCUAUGGCUUCCGAGAUGUUGUCACUCCGGGUGAUAUCAUCAAGGAUAAUGAGGCUACUACGCCAUUCCGCAAGUUGACGGACGAGGAGCGAGCCAACUCGAGAAAGAGAAACCAUGGCGAAACCAAGAUCGGAGCAAUCUUUGUUUUCGCUGAUAGCCGUGACUGGGCUGGUGAUAUUCAAAUUAUUCUCGACCUUGCCAUGUCAAAGGGAGGUUACAUUGGUACAUUGUCCGAGACUUUCGACGAAGGUCCACCCAUUUACUUUUCACACAACGACAUCGUUUGGUCCGCAGCUCAUGACAACGUGCGUCUCGGCAUGGGCGCUCUGCGGAAGAUGGUCGAGAUGCUUUUCAAAGAUCUCACCAAAGGCAAGGAGCUCGAGACUAUUGCCUUCGGAAAGCCACAAAUUGGCACAUUUGAAUUCGCCACGAGAUUAUUACAGCAGUGGCGAAAGGAUGAAUACCGUAUCAACAGACCCCCUGAGACUGUCUACUUCGUUGGUGACACUCCUGAGAGUGAUAUCCGAGGUACCAACCAGUUCAAUGAUAAAUCAAAGAACGAGUGGUACUCUAUCCUCGUCAAGACGGGUGUCUACCAAGAUGGCACCGAGCCCGCGUAUCCGCCCAAGAUUACCGUUGACACUGUCCUUGAUGCAGUGCAACACGGUAUGAAGCGCGAAUUCAGCAAGAAGAUGCAAAAGGCCACCGGUGGCAUGCCAGACGGCCUGGGGCUCAAGCACUUGCCACUCAACGGAGAAACCAAGGUUGGGACGAAGACUCCCAUCUUGGAAAUCAGCGAGCCCUCGUCCGAAGUUGGCACGCCAGGCUUAUGA